AUUAAUUCAUAUCUAUUGCUCUAAAUUUUCAUACAUACAAUUCAAAGAGAGAGCGUCUGAGGAAGAUGGCCUGUGUUGCUUUAUCUUCUCUGAUGCGAACAAUAGAGUUGGAGUUGCUGAACCCCGGACGAAGUGCGAUAGUUGAGGAUGAAGAACAGGUGAAAUCUCUCUACCAAAGUCUUUGCUUUUUUAUAGAAUUCUUGGACAAGUCCAAGGAUAUCGUUGCAGCCAAAAAUUUGGAACCUAAAAUCAAAGAUUUAGUGUUCCAAAUAGAAGACAGAAUCGAAAGGGAACUUGAAACUAUAUACGGAGAAACAUACAGUGAGCCUAAGAAACGACAAAAAGCUCAGAGAAGACUCCCCUCGGCCUUAUUAAAACAAGCAAUAAGGGACACUGAAGAUUUGAUGGUCCAAAUUAGGAAGAUACUGAACAGCCCUGUCCAAGCUUUUCCAAGUGCAGAUCCUCAAGCUUCGUGUGGUGGGUCAUCAGAACACGCCGCAGCUUCAGACGUUAUGGAAGGUCGUGGCCAGAAAUUUGAAGAGAUAAGGGACCAACUCAUCUGCAACCGCUCAUCAGGACGAGAAGUAAUCUCGAUUCUCGGAAUGGGAGGUAUUGGGAAGACAACUUUAGCAAGAAGGUUGUACGAAGAUCCAUCGGUUUUGUCACAUUUUGACAUUCUUGGGUGGACUGUUGUUUCCCAAAAACAUGAUGUGAGAAAGAUGUUAGUUGACCUCCUUAACAAUGAAGCAGCAAAGAUUGAUGAAGUAACAGAUGGUGAACUGGCAGGAAAACUACAGAAAUGUUUGAGGGGCAAGAGGUAUCUAAUUGUUUUGGAUGACAUAUGGAGCACCCGUUCUUGGGAAGGUAUCCAGUUGUGUUUUCCUGAUGACAACUGUAGGAGUCGAAUAUUGUUGACCACUCGACACAAAGAGGUUGCUGAUUCUGCUGAUUCAUCAGGUAACCGUCUUCAUACCUUGGGUUUUCUAAAUCAAGAAGAAAGUUGGGAUUUAUUUUGCAAAAGCUUUCCUGGAAUACAAAGUGUGCCAUUUGAACUUGAAACAAUCGGGAGGAACGUUGUUGAUAAAUGCCACGGGUUACCACUGGCGAUUGUUGUAGUCGCAGGAGUUUUUUCAAAACUCAACAAAACUGUUGAGGAAUGGCAAAAUUUUGAAAACCAAACAAAUUCACUAGUUGUAACUACAGAUCUUAGUGAGCAGUGUUCAAGAAUACUCACCCUGAGUUACAACUACUUGCCACUGCAUUUGAAAGCUUGCAUUUUAUAUUUGAGUAUUGUCCCAAAAGAUGAAGCAAUUAUAGUCAAAAGACUUGUAAGGCUAUGGAUUGCGGAGGGUUUCGUGGAGUUAAUAAACAGUGAGAACUUGGAAGAGGUGGCUCAUGAGUAUCUACAAGAUCUUGCUGAUAGAAGCUUAAUCCAAAUUCAGAAGCGGCACUUCAAUGGCAAAAUCAAGACGUGUAGGGUGCACGACAUAGUACAUGAGUUUUGUGUGAGGGAGGCAAUAAAAGAGAAGCUGCUGAAUGUUAAAAACGAACAACAUCCCUCCUGUGGCGAACUGCAACAAGAAGGAUGUCGUUGGUUAAAUUUCUGGCCAAAGAAGAUCCCAGACUUGGAUAAUAUAUAUGUACCUCGCUCCAUUUUGUAUUUGCAGCAUACAAGUUAUGCAUCGUCAUCAGAAGUUAUUGAGCCAAAUGAUGACCUAAGAUGGGGUUUAUUGUUAAGAGUUUUGGAAUUUGGUCCUCCAAUCAGCUCCGGCUCAUCCUUAAAUUAUACCUCUCUUCUGAGAUAUCUUGGUAUAUGUCUGGGCCAUUCAUCUCUUCCACUUGAGGAUGUCUCGCGCGUGCUGUCUUGUAGUCGGAAUUUGCAGACUCUUAUUGUGUCACACAAGCCAAGCAGCAGCUAUGAUGUGCCUAGUUCUUGCCAUUAUUUGUCAUCUGAAAUGUGGGCAUCGCAGGAGCUAAGUCAUGUUGAGUGCAGCUAUUUGAUUUCAGUUGAUCCUCCGAAUGAGGUUAAGGAGAAGCUGCACACGCUUUAUUGGUUGAGUCAGCGACAUUGCACAGAGGAUGUGUUUUCCAGGAUUCCAAAUGUAAGAAAGUUGGGGAUUUUUUGUCAACCCGAAACUAAUGAUGGUGGUGGUGAUGGUGAUGGUGAUGAUGAUGAUGAUGAUGAUAGUGAUAGUGAUGAUGACGACCGAGAGGUUGGUCUCAACAACAUCUUGGAGAAUCUUCACCAUCUAAAUCAACUUGAGACACUCAAGAUUAAAGCAAUUAAGCAAAACAUAUGCCUCAGGAAUCCACAAGCCUUUCCGCAGAACCUCAAGGAGCUUACAUUAUUUACCACUCGUUUGCCAUGGAAUCAUAUAAACAUCAUUGGCUGCAUGCCUAGUCUUGAAGUACUCAAACUGAAAGCUGAAGCCACCUGCGGCGAGACAUGGGAACCAAGCGACGGGGGUUUUCGUCGGUUGAAGUUCUUGCUGAUUGACAGCUGCUACCAAUUCGAGAACUGGGAAGCCACUCCUGAGCAUUACCCUGUCCUUGAGCGCCUAGUCUUGCGUAACUGCCUGCUUUUGGAAGAAAUUCCUAGUAGCUUUGUAGAUAUGAUCACUUUGCGUUUAAUUGAGAUUAGCCUUUGCCGUCCUUCUCUUUUGGCUUCUGCCCAGCGAAUUCAAAAAGAACAACAAGAUCUUGGAAAUUACGGGCUCGCUGUUCGCAAUACUACACCGUUCUCGGUGCUAGCGUCAAUGGUAGUGUCAAUGCUACCAAAUGUAUUGUCCGUGGCUACAUCAUUAUGUCAAAUUAUGUAGGUUUUACAAACUUUUUAAAUGUUGGAUUUUAAUAUAUUUAAAUGAUUUUAUUGAAUUGUACUAGACUUUUGUAAAGUUUGUAAUACUUCAUAAAAGUUCUUAUAU